UGAAAAUCACCCAAAUUUACUAACUUCGAAUUUCAAAACAGUUUGGCCCCAAAAAUCUGAAACAAACUCUGUAUCUUAAUUCUUACCAAAAAAAAUACUUUGUCUCUUUGUUUUAUCAUCACCCUCCCAAUCCCAUUUUCCCAAAAUAACUUCAAAAAAACGCCUGCACCAGCCCGCUCAGUGAAAUUUUUUCGAAAAAAUUCAACUCAAUAUAUGGCGGCAUAUAUAUAAAACCCAUAAACCUUUUAUUUCCCUUAAAUCUACAAACGCUUUGCUCUUCCUUUCUUGUAACUGAAAGAGCGAGCAAGAGGGAGAGGCAUUCAUGGCGGAUUCAGAAAAUUGUGGCAGAGUUACUCGUUUAGCCAAGAAAAGGGCAGCAGAGGGUAUGGCUCCACAACAGCAACAACAACAUAGGCCGAGUAAGAAGAAGAGGGUUGUUUUGGGUGAGAUUCAGAAUUUUUCUAAUGUGGGUGUGAAUCAGAUUAAGGGUUUGGAGAGUGAACCCCAGAAAUCCAAAUCUAAGCAGCAAUCUAAGAAGAAGGUGAAAAGGGCUGUCAUUAGUAAGAUUGUUGAGGAGAAGGAAUUGAAGGUCGUCGUCGAUGAUGUUGAUGACCCUCAGAUGUGUAACGCUUAUGUUUCUGAUAUAUAUGAUUACCUUCGUAAAAUGGAGAUUGAGGAAAAGAGGAGACCUUUACCUGAUUACUUAGAGAAAGUUCAGAAGGAUGUGAGUGCAACCAUGAGAGGGAUAUUGGUUGAUUGGUUGGUGGAAGUUUCAGAGGAGUACAAGCUACUUUCAGACACCCUAUAUCUUACUGUUUCCUACCUUGACAGGUUCUUAUCCACGAAUGUCAUCACUAGGCAAAAACUUCAGCUUUUAGGCGUUUCCUCGAUGCUCAUUGCUGCGAAGUAUGAGGAGAUUAGUCCACCACAUGUUGAAGAUUUUUGUUACAUUACGGACAAUACAUAUACAAAGGAAGAGGUGGUGAAGAUGGAAACUGAUGUGCUGAAAUCGCUCCAAUUUGAGAUGGGUAAUCCCACAGUGAAAACAUUUCUCAGAAGGCUUACUGGGGUUGCUCAAGAAGAUUAUAAAAGCCCCAAUUUGCAGUUGGAGUUCUUGGGCUAUUACCUAUCAGAGUUAAGCAUAUUGGAUUAUAGCUGUGUCAAAUUCUUACCUUCUUUGGUGGCUGCUUCUGUUAUAUUCCUUUCGAGGUUUACACUACAACCAAAUGCACAUCCUUGGAGUGCAGCUCUUCAACAAUACUCAGGAUAUAAAGCAGCAGACUUGAAGGAAUGUGUUCUUAUCCUACAUGACUUGCAAUCAAGUAGAAGAGGAGGCUCUUUAGUGGCUGUGAGGGACAAAUAUAAGCAGCAUAAGUUCAAAUGCGUGUCAACUUUGAUUUCCCCUGUGGAAAUACCAGCUUCAUUCUUUGAAGAUACAAGACAGUUAUAAAUUAGGCUUUUGCUUGGACAUAUAGAUUAGAAAGUGCCAGUGAUUUCUGGAAUGAAUGAAGUGUGUUCUUGGUUUUGCUUAAAUCUGGAUGGAUGGCCAACAGUGCUUUAAGGACACUCAGGAUUUACUAAUUGGUAGUAAGAUGAAGUUUGACAGAUUUUUGUAGCACAAUCAGAAAUUUGUAGAUGUUUUGGCUUAGAACCAUUGAAUGGAUUGUGAAGUUAUUGGUUCCAUUUACUAGUCUAGUUUUAUAGGGAUGAUGUUUGGUAGUAUUUGAUAGAGAUUCAAAUCAUUCAUGUAAAAAGCCCAAAUAGCAUCACGAAUAGAUUGUUGAAUUCAUUGGGUUUCA